AUGUCACGACAGACAGUCACCUCACGUCAGCGUCGCGUGCUCACUUCCAAAGAAGCUCGCGAGGUCACCCUUCAGAACCAGGUCGACUCACCUCUAUUACGGCUGCCAGGAGAGAUACGCAACAAGAUCUACGCGUACGCGUGUUCCCGCACUCAGGCCGUCUUCAACAACAGUCCUCGAGCCCGCAAGUCCACAGCCAUCAUAUCCACCUGUUCUCAGAUGCGCCAUGAAGCCCACGCCAUCUUCUUCGCGCAUGCGACUCUCGAUUUGAGGGCGCUCCUGUUCUCGGAGUUCCCACAGACGCUUCCACACGCGGACUUCCAGCUCGUCACUUCCAUCCAUCUACGAUCGCAGCGGAUUAUAAGGCUCCUACGGGAGGAUGAGCAUUUUGUAGCGGAACGACAGGGAGCUAAACUCUUCCCGGAACUGGAGCGAGUAUAUGUCGCUGGUUGGAGUAAAUCGCGCAUGCCAAAGGAUAGUUUGGGGGUUGAUGCGCUACGAACUUGGGCGGGAAAUGCGGACUUGCAAGUGGCCCCCAGCUCAGCGUUCUAG